CCGCCCCGCCUUCGUCCGCCGCUAAUGCGCGGCGCCGGGGCGUGGCGUCACUUCUGGCGGCGGCGAAUGAAAUGGCGAGCAGUGGCGGCGGCGGCGGUGGGGCGGCGGCGAGCAAGAUGGCGGAUAAGGAGAAGAAAAAGAAGGAGAGUAUUCUGGAUCUCUCCAAAUACAUCGACAAAACAAUCCGAGUAAAAUUCCAAGGUGGGAGAGAAGCAAGUGGUGUCUUGAAAGGAUUUGACCCUCUUCUGAACCUUGUGCUUGAUGGUACCAUUGAGUAUAUGCGAGACCCAGAUGAUCAAUACAAAUUAACAGAAGACACACGUCAGCUGGGACUUGUGGUCUGCAGAGGGACUUCUGUGGUUCUUAUUUGUCCACAAGAUGGAAUGGAAGCUAUUCCAAACCCUUUCAUUCAGCAGCAAGAUGGCUAAUGCUUUCUUUGGUUUGUCUCUGAAGAGGGUGCAAGGGUGCAAAUCAUCAGAGAAAACUAUCAGUGUGUGAGAAGCUCCCUGUUGUGGGGGAGGAGUUUGAAUGUGUAUUUGUUAGUGUGAACGAAUGGUCAACUUUUAGUUUUGUGACUUUCCAUAAAUGGUGAGAGAAUGGGGCACUGUGUGUAAGAAGUAAGUUUUUAUUUUUUAUUUUUUUUUUUUUUUUUCCCCAAAUAAAUGUGUAACUACAUUGUUAGAGCCAACAGGAGAGAAUAUAUUGUCGUGGAAUUGUCUGAGACCCUCUUGGUCUUGUGAGUUUUGAAACAACCAUAUAAGAUUAGUAAAGAAUGCCCUGAUUAAUGGCUAUAGUGCUUAUAUUUUUAAAUACAUUAAAAUGUAUUUAAUCUAAAUUAGUGUAAAGCCUAAAUACAUCAGAACAUUUUUUUCUUCCUCUUACAUGUCAGUACUCAGAUGGGAAGCAUUGUGUUGUAGUCUUCCUUCUGUUGAGUUUAGUCUCUUGCCUGCUUGCUCCAGUGCAUGCAGGAAAAUUACUUUCCUGUAUAGUACCUAGUCAUUACUUUUACAAGCUGUGUAGCUAGGAAGUUAUUUUCUAGCACUUGUUCUAGAUCUUGUGGGCUGUGAUCUGUGUAUCAGAAUACUCCCACAUUACUACAGAAGGACUGGACUAACUUCUAGGAGGGUUCUUGGCUGAGUGACGUGAACCUUAUGGAAAUAUCUACUUGAUACUUGGAAUUUUAGGGGAAGAACAUUUAAGAUCCUACUGUUCAACUGUAGGCAGUGUCUGGAAAUACUGCAUAUUUUUAUAUUGUAGUUAUCCACUUGUGGUUCUGCUUGUUGUAACUGGAUUUGUAAGUAAACAUUUUUAUUUCUUUUAUACUACAGAAAUACCAAGAUUUGAGGACUUUUGCGUGAAUAAAUACAAAUUAAUCUGUUUCAAAA